AUGGAAGUCAACCAGACGCUGGUUACUCAUUUUGUUUUGGUGGGUUUCACAACAGAUCCUCUCCUGCGCCUGGUCUUCUUUGUGUUGUUCCUGGUCUCGUACAUCCUCACACUGACUGGAAACUUGGGUCUCAUGACUCUGAUCUACCUUGAUUCCCGCUUACACACACCCAUGUACUUCUUUGUGGGCAGUCUUUCCUUCCUGGAUGUCUGGUACUCCUCAGUUUAUACUCCCCGGAUACUGUCUGAUUGUGUGUCCAAGAACAAAGUUAUGUCUCUUGCAGGCUGUGCAGCCCAAUUUUUCUUCUCCGCUGGCUUGGCCUACAGCGAGUGCUUCCUAUUGGCAGCCAUGGCAUAUGACCGCUAUGUGGCCAUCUGCAACCCACUACACUAUGCCAUUGCCAUGCCCAAGAAGCUCUGCAUCCAACUGGUCAUUGGCUCCUAUUUAGCUGGCUUUGUUAAUGCUAUUGUACACACUGGCAACACCUUCCGACUACGCUUUUGUGGGGACAAUACUAUCAACCAUUACUUUUGUGAUGCCCCACCACUUGUGAAGAUGGCCUGUGAUGAUACUCAAGUCUAUGAACUCAUUCUGGCUUCUGUCAUUGGUUGCAAUGUGUUGGCAACCACUGCUCUCAUCCUGGGUUCCUACACUGGUAUUGGGGCAGCCAUUAUACGCCUCCGCUCAGCUGCUGGGAGGCGCAAGGCCUUCUCCACUUGCUCGGCGCAUCUAAUCUCUGUCUCCCUCUUCUAUGGCUCCAUCCUCUUAAUGUAUUCCCGACCCAGCUCUCAGCACACGCCAAACUGGGACAAGACAAAUGCUUUGUUCUAUACAGUUGUCAACCCUCUAGUCAACCCCAUGAUUUACAGUUUGCGCAACAAAGAUGUGAAGGCAGCCUUAAAGAAAGUGCUGGGGAGGUUCAUAGCUCUAAUGUAA